AGUCUGAGUAUAUAAUAUUCUGUUUUAAACCAUGCUGAUGUACUAAUAUAGUCGUGCGGAUACUUUAACUUCAGUGUUGUGAGAAGCUCGUUGCAAGAUGACGGGUUUUGUGGUAUUCCUGACCUUGGUUAUUGUCGCUCAUAUUACCGCUGCCCCAGCGACAAAUUACGGCGACGCGUAUGCAGACGAUAGUAGCUUAGGCGUAGUUGUUGUUAGUGGCUCCUCUUUCGGAGAUGGUGCAUUUGCAACUAAUUGGAGACCAUCAGUUCAAGCGCAGAAUCCUGCCACUGAGCAAGCAAAUCUGGAUUACUCAACAUCGUGCCCACCAUGUAAUCAAGUUCCAUUUUCAGGAAAUAAGAAACCUGUCUCAUUUUCAAUACACGGCGAUUCAGGAUGGGUGACGGUUGAAAACUCAACUUUUGGCGAUGGAGCUUUUGCAAACCAUCGUUUUGAUAAACCACUGCACGUGGUGAAUAAUCAGGUGCUGGUCGGAUCGGCCCCGGAGGCUCUAAAUGUGGUAUCAUCAGCCACAUGUCCACCGUGUCCUCAAGCUAGUAACUAUGGAAACACAAAUGCUACAAAUGGCAGCACUGGACUGGUAGUUAUAGACAAUGCUACAUUUGCAAAUGGAGCAUUUAGCAAUGGAGGUUCUGGUAGUGGCACUGGUAGCAGUUCUGGAAGCAGUUCUGGUACUUCUGGAAGCAGUUCUCGUGGCAGUUCCGGAAGUAACAACCAGUCCAAACCUGCAUCUUGCGGCCCAAUAAAAACCAUUAUAUCAACAAUCAUUCCUAGCCUUAAUUGUUCCACAAGCGGCUGAGAAAUGUGAAAACUAUUUACUAUGGUAUAUUAAAA